UAUUUCUCCAGCGUUUCAUUUCAUUUCGUCUCCAGAGGUUAGUGAAGUUGAUCAGACAAGCAUUUCGCAUUGUCUGUUUUAUUUUGACUCUUUUGGCGUCAUUUUUGGCUCAGAAAAUCGUGAUGCUUCAUAAGCUUGUCUCCUGGAAUAUAGCUAAACUGCAGCAGAAAUUCUAAUGCACCGUCGUGGAACGUUGUUUUGUGCAUUACCAGUCUAUUAAAACGAACUAAGAAACUUUCUUUUCACAUAGUCCUUCUCUUGUCAUAUUUGAUGGCAAUUCUGUGGGACGGCAGUAGAUAUCUUCGGCGAGCGUGACUUCUAAAAUUAUGUAGCUCAUUGCCUGGUUAAUCUUAAUUUUUGUUCUUCAAUUACAGAUCGAGGCAAAAUAAACCUUUUCCUGUUGGUUAGGAUAUUUCACCAGUUUGUGUUUAAAGAUUUAUUUGUAGUGGAAAAAGAAAAGGAAUCAAAAUGCCAAAAGUGGUAAGUUCACUCGAGAAUUACCGAUGUUGGUUAAGAAACUGAAACUUCGAGCUCAAUCUGGAUUUCUUGUUUCCUUGCAAGGAAUUCGAAAGUACGAAUUUGUGUACAUUAGUUUUCGAUUUGUUAUGAAUUAACAAGCUCAAAAUAUCUCUUAGGUCAACGUUCGAGUAACUACUAUGGAUGCGGAGUUAGAAUUUGCUAUUCAACCAAGCACGACUGGAAAGCAACUAUUUGACCAGGUUUGUAUAAUCAUAGUAUUUAUCUUUCUAUUCACAUGCAUAUUUUAAUUAACCGUGCAAUUUGUCAAUUCAAGCAGUGUUCAGUUCAUUUCCCACGAGAAAAGAAUAGCUUUAGCAUAAAUUAUCUGUGUAUUUUGUGCUUUGCCAAGGUCGUGAAGACGAUAGGACUGCGAGAAAUCUGGUUCUUUGGUCUCCAAUACACGGAUACCAAAGGCUUUGUAACGUGGCUGAAGUUGAACAAGAAGGUAGGCCGGCCUAUAUUUUUGCCAUGUAAAAAUUAUUUUGACAAAACCCAUGAUUCAGAUAAUUUGUAUGAUCGAUGUACUAUAAGCUUGCAUUUUUUAGUCUACCCAUCUUCAUUUACUGUCAUGAUGAGGGAUUUAAUAUUCAUUGUGUGGCUUGGUAAUAGAGUCUGACAGGAAGUGUGCAAAAUCAAUUUAGAAAACUUCCAUUGUCUUUUAAGUAUUCCAUAGUUUGGCAGUCAACUGUGGAAAAAAAACUACAAAGGUUUACAAUAUAACUAUCUGAACAGGCAAAGCACAGAUUUGUCAUAUGCAUGCUUCUGCAAUCCAAGAUAUGUGAGACUAACAAGUUUUGAUGGGGCAUUACUUUCCGGGCUGCCUAUUGGGUAGUUUUGUGACAAGACAACCUAUUUGUUUUUGAAGUGUAUGGCUUGAUUGUUUUGAUCAGUUUGUUUGCCAAGAUUAAAAAAAAACAAAACAUGAGUCACAUAAGCACUUGCUAUUAAUGAAAUUUUCAUGUCACUUAAAUUGCAGUAUAGCUGCAUGUUCCUCUAUGUGAUUUAUAAUUGGAACUGUUGUUUUAAGUUUUCUGCAUGCUCCUUUUCACUCAUGAAUCUAUUUACCAGGUUAUGAUGAGCACUAUAAUUUGGUCAGUCGUUCUACUGGUCAAGAGUUGUAAACUUUUAUUGUAUGCAAGUGAGUCUCAUGAUGAGCAUGUGCUUGAUUUUUGGCGAUGAUUGAAAUGUUGCACUAUUUUGAUCAUGUUUUGGCACUUUGCCAGUGAUGUAAUUGCCCUUGAGUCAAGGCCCUUGAUUUUGUGUAUUUAUUCAUGCAUACUUAUUGGUUCAGAAGUAAAACUUGGCUUUCUAUAGUUCAGUGUAAGAGGUAAAUACCUUUAAGAACACACAACUGUCAGCAAAGUAGAACAUGAAAAACUUAUAUAUGUGACCUCACACAAGAAAACGCACACUAACGGCUAUCCAUUAAACAGUUUAAAUGGACGGCUGCAGGGUUUCAGAAAGUUUUGAAGUAGACAGCUGAGUUGUCAAAGUUAGUGGCCAGUCCAGGGAUUAUUUAUUUCAAAAAUGCCAUCCGUAGAGACAUGCCAAGCAGAGUAGCCGGCCAAUACUAAAAAAAUAGGCAGGGAUUUUCCCCGGCAGCCGGCUACUUUUGACAACCCUGCGGCUGAGAAAUGAGAGGAAAAUGGAUAUCAAGAGCUUUAAAACGGUUUCCUAGGCUUUUCGAACUGUGAAGCUAAAUUUUCUAGCGUAUAGGCUGAAGCGUUUUAAUGGCAAAGCAAACCAUUAAAACGACUAGUGAAAAGCAAUUUAAAUGGAUGGGUAUUAAAGAACGAUGUAAUGGCUUUAAACCAUAUAAAACAUUUUAAUGGAUUAUAGGGCACUCAUAAACAUCUUAUAGCUAAGCAAAAUAAAGUUGUAAGGUUAACACUGGUUGGCAAAAUCCACAAGUGUUUUUAGCCUAACUUGCGGAAACUUUCCUCAGGAUAUUAAAAGGAUAAACAGCCAAACUCUUUUGAUUGUUCAUUCAGUCAGUACACUGGUAAACCCAGAAAAUUUUCCCAUCUUGUUUUCCUGUAUUGUUUGAGACUGGAGGAAAACAUCCCUUGAGCCACAAACAGCUGAUCAAAACACCGAAUCGUCGGGAAUCAUUUGCUGCACAAGAUGUUCGAUCACACAGACUCAUCCCAGGACAAUCCGCAUGUGACUUGUCUGUAACAUGACGUGCAUUAGUCUUGACAUUGGGGUCAAUGAGCCAAUCUCUUCAGGUCACAUGCUUUCAUCAACAACAAAGACGGUGCCUAAAUAGGAGUGACGGCUGUUUUCACAGGCUACUAGAACUCCGUUGAAAGAACACAUUAGCAACCCGAACUUGGAGACUAAAACAAAACAAAAAUCAAAAAUUCGUACAAAGAGUUGAAAGUCAACAUGAACUGAAAGGCCUUUAAGACUUGCUGGUAUUGGAGUUGCAUUCAGAUGCGAUAAUUUUACACAUACACUCUGAAGUUUACACAUGCUGCCUUACAGUGCCUCGAGGUUUCAAGGGUUUCAAAACAAGCCGGUGACCGCAGGAGUUCCACCGGCUACUUGAUUGCCAGCUAAUCUGGUCAUAACAAUAAGCUUAUGACAAACAAUCUUGAUUGACACAGCUGCCUACUUCAAAACAUUUUGAAACCACCCCUUGAUUUGUAAAUGUCAGAAACUGUAAGCAGCUAGCUUGAUAUUGCAAAGACACAAGGGCUGUAACAGAAGUAAGAAACAAACUCUUCUAAUGUAAAUCUUCUGUUCUUGUUUGAGCUAAUGUUAGUAAUAGCUGUUUAAAUGGCUUGUGAUUUUUUUGCCAUUUUGGCAGCUGCCAUUUUAAAUGCUUUCUGAAGUCAACUAAAUGGUCCAGGAUCAUGUUUGCUGUUUAAACUGCUUAUUAAAGUAAUCUAACAGGUGGUGAUUACCGUUUUAACAGAAUGGGUUGAAAUGAAAAUGGUUUGUGUAAUGGGUUAAUGGUCUGAUAAAAUGUUUAAAUGGAUAAAAAACCGAUAGCCAUUAGUGUACGUUUUUCCAUGCAAGGUCACAUAUUGGGGAAAUCCUGUUUUGUGUAGAAAGCCACAUUCUUAUGAAGGCAAAGAGUUUGAAGACCAUACCUUUCUCAUAUUUGAAGCAAUUCCUGGAAUUCUACAAUGAAACAGAUUUAAUUGUUCUUUGCAGAUGCGCUUUGUUGUAGUGAACUAUUAUUAACAUAAGUCUAAAAUGUUUUCCACCAUUUUUAUCCCUUAACCCUUUCACUGCCAAAUUUAGGGAAAAGCAGAUUUGACCAAAUUUCAUUUUGUAAAAUUUUGAAAAACAACUAGCAUCAUGUGUAAGUACAGGCAGAGAGAUUUUAUUUGAAUGGUCACAUCAUAGGAUUUGGUCCACAGACUCAAAAGAUUGAGUUGCCUUACAAAACUCCAUCAGGCACUCUGGCAGUCAAAGAGUCAAUAAAACCUGCACAUCAAUUAUGCUUAGCACUAUCAAUUCAGCUCUUAUACGACUACAAUGAAGACAUUGACUACAUUUACACUUAAAAAAGGGCAAUCUGCCUAUUGAUCCAUGCCGGGCGUAUAAUCGCGGGUCCCUUGACUAUUUGUGCGCUCACAAAGGAUGCCAACGCAUCCUUUGACUCUCUGACUGAAAUGUAACUUAAGAAAAGCGAUAAUUUAAAGCUUCCGCACUACUUUCCUUUAUAUUAGGAAUUGCAAUCACUCGACUUGUAAAUUAUUUUGACUUAUAUAAAAUAUUUUAAGGUUUUAAGCCAGUAGAAUGCCAGAAAAACAAAUAUGAAGUCGAGUAGUUUUGAAUUGUUUUCAUUUGUAUGCAGAUUACCAGUCGUUUCCAUCAAACUGAAUUAUCCUGGCUUUUUUACGACUUUUCAGUUUGCUCUGUUUCAUUUUAUAUUGUUUUUGUGAAAGCGUAAUUCUUUCAUGUGAAUUUACGCUUUCAAAAGGAAAAAACUUUGAGGAAACGUUGCGUUUAUAGCCCCGGAGAUACAUAACUAUUUUGCUUCACUUACACUCAUAUGAAAUUAAAUUACCCUUCUUUUGGCAGAUUUUGCUGGAGAUAAAAAUAUUGCCUUUGAUUUCUCAGAUGCUUGCCUUUUUGGGUACCCUGUUUAUUUUGACUAUCAGGAUUUUUUAGGCUUUGCCUCAGACUAAUCAUUCCAUUCUGAGAAAAGCUGUAACUGAAUAAAGUCACGCAACACAUCUUAAGACUGCAUAACUUGAUCUUUCUGCUAUCUUUUGUUUUUUUAUUGUCUCCAAAACAAUCAAGAUGUUUCACCAGUUUUCACUUACAAAUAACAGGAGAUGUUUGAUUGCCCGAAAAAUUUGUAUUUACUUUCAACACGUUUCAAUAGGUGCAAUUUCGUAAUAUGUUGGUCACAAGAACAGGUUUACAAAAUUGGCCCCACCAAUUUCUCAAAUAGGAAAGAAUUAUUGACCGCUGGUGUAAAAAAAAACCAAAAUGUCUGAGAGCUUUUGAAUCAUUAAAUGUAAAAUUAUUCCAAACAGGGCUCACAAUCCUGUUGUUUUGUGGAAUGUUAGGUCUGUUCUCGUGUAGCAUUUGGUACAAAGAUGAACGCGGUGCAUAAGUGAUGAGUGAUUUGUAAUGCUAGGCACAUUUCACUUUGUUGUGUUUGGACGAGCUGCUUUGGGUUCUUAUUAACCUAUAGAACUUACCUCUGGAACUGUCACGAGAAGUUCUAUUGUUUUUUUUUUGCUUAUCCAUGGAAAUUUCCCUGAGGCAAUUUUGGGGAAGUUGGUUUCACACAAAAAGUCGCUUCCCCACAGGCAACAGCCAUUUGCCAAGAGGGAAAACGGAUUGUAUAACUGCACCUAUUAAGUAUGAUAAUUUCACUUUGUCAGAUUACCUGGAAAAACAGCUUUCAAUCCACGUGAAUUAUUAGGAAUUCAAUCAAUUUGUCUGACAGUAUUUCUGUGAUCUACAAUUUUCCAAAAAACUUCACUUGCCUGUCAGGCAAGUUAUUAGUUAAGAAUACAUGUAGAAUUCACUAGCCUGAUAGCAAAAUCAACUAGCCCUGGGCUAUCAGACAUGACUUCCACAUUUCCUUGUCACAACCCAAAGGAAAAAAUCGAUCGUAACAAACUCUAGGAAGUUUGACCACGUAACACCUUUGCUUCGAGAGCUAAACUGGCUUCCUGUUAAAGAACAAUUAUUCUAUAGAGACUCCGUUUUGACCUUUAAAUGUCAGAGCGAUCUUGCGCCUCAAUACUUAACGAGCAAGUUUACCAAGCGCUCAAAUAUACAUACUCGUAACACUCGUACACGGAACUCUUUGCAGAUUCCGCUAUACAGAACGGCUAUAGGCCAGCGCACAUUUUUCUACAGAGGGGCCUACACAUGGAAUAACUUGCAUAAUGAACUUAGGCAAAGUGCCUCAUUGGCAUCUUUCAAGCGCGCCCUGAAAGACACACUAUUAAAGCAGACAUUUCCUUCAUAAGCUCUAGAAUUUAGUAGAACACCACCAUAAAUUGUGAUUUCGAGUUUUCAUUGUCAUUUUUGCUUUUAUAAAUUGUAAAUAGUUCCUGAAAAACCUCACGAGGAUGUUACUAUUAAAGUUAUUAUUAUUAUUAUUAUUAUAAAAAAAAUCACCUUCAGCCACCAGCCUAGGUGCUGCUCUACCAGAUCCCUUUUGUUUCUUGAUUUUUCUAAGUUCUGUUAAAGUUUUUUCUUUCUGUCAGUGCCAUAAAGCCUGCUGUGUUGUCUUGUCAUAUUUUGUUAAAGGAGACAGUGUGUUAAAGCUGUUGUUAGGGUUAAGUGUUUAUUAGAGCCUCACCCUUCAACACAAGAUUUACAGCGGCAUCAAUAUCAUAGUGUUAAUUGUAAAUGAAACUGUAUGAAAUUUAUCUACGGACAAGAAUUUCAUUACAUUCAUCUUGACAAUUUCUCAAUUUUCUUUUUUAUUAGGUUAAUAGCCAAGAUGUUAAGAAAGAGUCACCACUUCAGUUUAAGUUUCGAGCAAAGUUCUACCCAGAAGACGUCUCUGAGGAACUCAUUCAGGAAGUCACCAGGGUAUGUAAGGGCGAGGUACAUGGCCUUUAAAAAGCCUCAACCAUGACAGAUAAGGCCACAGUUAAAUGAUUAAUUAUGCAUAAUUUAUUAUUACUGUAUAAAUUAUUUAAAUAAAUAUUUUUAGAAUUAUGAUGCCAUAUUGACAGCAUGCUAUGAAAUGAGUUCAAAUGAAGGUUUUCCAGUUUCUCACGUACAUUCUGUGCUGCAAUUGGGUCAGUGUCACAACAAACAUCAAGAGCAGCAGUUUACAGUCAAUUCCCUUUAUAGCGGACAUCAUGGGGACCUCAAGUUAGUGUCCUCACUAGCAAGAGUCCAUAAUAAUUGGUGUUUAAUUCAGCCAAACGUCUGUAAUUUAUUUUGGGCUGGGAUUUAGCUGCUGUCCAUAUUAAGUGAUUCUAGCUUAAUAUACUUGUAUAAUUUUUAUUUUGGAAAUUGCUUUUUGAGAAAUAGAUUUUUGAAAAUGACACAUUUAUAGCAGGUCUAACACCUUAAGAAGAUAUUGCACAUGUGGAGAGUUAUAUAGGACAAAGUGUUUGUCUUUGCAUGUUCCCAUCUUGUAUUAGAGUAUAUUCAUUUUACGAUUUUAAUAAUAACAGUGUCAGAAAUUAUUAACAGUGACAAAAAGUGUAAUUCUUCUUGUUUAUUUCAUCACUGUCUUUCUUUGUGAAAGUUGAAACUGGUCAUCUGUUUUUGUAGAGGCUGUUCUUCUUACAAGUUAAGGAAGACAUUUUGACAGAAAGAACAUAUUGUCCUCCAGAAACUGCUGUUUUGCUGGCCUCUUUUGCUGUAAGUUAAAUGAUCAGAUUUUAAUGAUUUAAUACUAGCUAAUUGGGCUGAUCAUGGAGACAGCACAGGGUAACAGUGCUAUCUUAUCCCAAGGGCUCAAAGUUAAAAAAAUCCUCAGGUUGCCUUUUGGCGACCAACUGGAGAAAUAUAGUCAACAGAUGCAAAUUUUUAGUUGCCAGUUUGUGUAUUGUAAAUGAUGUAGCUUAUAGCAUGGCGCGAUCCAUCAGAUUUGAUUGUUUGAAAAUAUUGCGUACAGAAGUCAGUAUAAAUUUGGAGGUAAACUGUCUUUGUCUGUGAGAUUUGGCAACAUUUUUUCUGACAAAAGCAAAGAAAAAUAAGAUGAAAUGUUUGUUUUCACUUUACUCUUUGAAUUCAAAUGUAAAUCAUAGUUAAAUCUCGUUGACUAAACCAGAAUUUUUAGUCGCCAAGGAGAAAAUGGCGGCCAUAUCAGUCACAUUUUGGUCAGACAAAAUAGGUCAUCAUAAUUUGGACUCGCUUUGAAACGGAGGCUGGUGCAACCUUGGAAAUGGCCUAUUGAGAUCGUGGUUACAGAAUGAUAUCCGGCUUGAGUUGAACCUGACAGUUUUCUGAAUAUCAAUCUACUUUCACAUCUGAGCAGUCCUGAUCACAAAUUAGGCACUUAAGUGCAAAAUUAAGGAUGUUACCGUCUUCAUCAAGGAAUAAACAAGACCAAGACCAGCCAUUAAAUAGCAUGAUUACCCCAGUGGGGCAAAGAGACAGCUGACAUCUCAGACUAUAACUUUGUGGCUGUUUCCUUUUGUGCAGUUGCAAGCUAAGCAUGGAACAAGAAAUCCAGAGGUGCACAAUCAGCAGUUUUUAGGAGCUGAAAGAUUAUUGGCUGAAAGGUAGAAUUUAAUUCUUUAUUCAAUUGUUCUUUGAUUUUAGUGUUAAAAAAUUCUCACUUGUUUUACCCUCUAACAAGCAUUCCUAGGAAGAUUGAAGAUUUGCAUUUGACCACCCCCCUUCCCCACACCUCCUCACCCCUUCCUCACUAUUUUGUUUUCACCCCAACAGUCAUGACUUGCUUAAAUAAGACUGGCUUUAAUGGGAAUGCUUGUUUCGCAGGCUUGCUUUGUCAUUUAUAGUUUAUCUUAUGUGCUUUAAAGUUGUUUCUUAUAUCUUAUGCUUGCAGAGUAUCGCAAACCCAUGCAAAAGACAAUCUUCCAGAAAAAGUAGCACAAUGGUGGUCUGAACAUGCCAUGUUGUCAAGGUGAAUCAUGUAAUAGGACAUUUUAACCCUUUAUAUAUGUCCCAAGAGUCAUGUCUGACUCAAAGCAUAAUCAUGAGAAAACAAGGCUACUAAUGAGAAAGAGGAAAUGUGUCCAUCUUUUAUCAAAUUCUCCAUUUAUGUCCAGAAAUGCACACAAUGGUGGAUCUGGCAAAAAAUCUCCAGAGAGCUGGCAAAAAUUUAAUUUCAAUGUGAAGCCCCAGGGUAGUGGGGCUUGGUAUCCCUGGGGAAUUUGACUGUAUUUCCUUUCCCCAUGACAUGAAAAUAGGGUUGGCUUCUGAUUGGCUGCGGUUGACACACCUACAAUGUCAAACCCCCCUGGGUAUGCCCAGCCCCCUCUACAUUUACUGGUGCAUAAAUGAGAUUACGAGAGGUGCUCCCUGUAAAGUAGAGAAGUUGACGAAAAUGGCGAAUCUGGCGUGAACGGCAAAUCUGGCAAAAAUUCUUUAUGGGUUAGGUGAAUAUUCAAUUUAGAUGCAAAACAUGGCCCCUUGGAGAUUGGCGAUUAUGACAAAAAUGGCAAAUGGCGAAGACAGUGAAAACUGGACAGCAAUGGCAAAUCCAGUGAAAAAACACCAGAGGGUUGAGAGGGCUAUUUUGGCAAAGAUGGCAUAUUUGGCAAAAAUGGCAAAUAUGGCGAACACCCACCAAAGUCUUAGCAAAAAUUCAAAUGAAAUGGCAAAGGAGCCUUUUGAAAGAAAGGGGUGAUUUUGACAAAAAAAGAUGAAAAUGGUUAAUAUGGCGAAAAUUUGUCAAAGCCUUAACUACAUGUGAAAUAGGAUGCCAUAGGGGUCCCUUGAAAAGUGGCGAUUUUGGAGAAAAUGGCAAAAAUGGUGAACGUGGCGAAAAUUUCCCCAAUUCUCCCAACUAAAUUUCUUGUAAUAGAAGGUCCAAACACAUGUGAUCAAAUUGAGUUCUAUGUCUUCCACUCAUGCUUACUGGAAUUUCUAAAGAAUGCUGGCUACAUACCAGUACCUGCUGUGUAUGUUUUAUAACAACCUGGAGAUUAGGGUACUAACGGGGUCCUUUGGUCGCCCGCAAUUAAGAUCACCAAACAAAGUGGCCAAGUGAAUUAAAGCAGAGUGCAAAUGUAAUAUUAAAUUGUUUGAGUGAAACCAAAGAAUUAGCUAAAGUGGUAUCGUAAAAUAAUUUUGUUUCUGGGACCAGAAGGAUUUGAUUCUACUUGCACUAUGGAAGACUAGCAUCUUGAGUUAUUUUGACCCACAAGGAAGCAAAAGCAUUUGAUAAUCAUUAAUGCCUGAGAGGUUGUUUUGUUCUUACAGGGAAGAUGCUAUGAUUGAGUAUCUUAAGACUGCUCAGGAUUUAGAAAUGUAUGGUGUCAACUACUUUGACAUCAAAAACAAGAAAGGGACAGAGCUAAACCUUGGUGUAGAUGCAUUGGGUUUGAAUAUUUAUGAAAAACAAGACAAGUAAGUUUUAAUUUGGUAUUGGAACCAUUUGAAUAGGGUUCAAUAGUAUUAAAAUGAUUAUUGAUGUUAUGAUCUAGUGCAUUCCAGUGAAAAUUUUUAAUACUCUUGGAGUUUACUAGCGAUGGUAAAUUCUCCCAUUACAUAUAACAUGUCAGCAAAAGAGAUAUGUUGACUUUUGGAUGUGAAAUGUAAAAUAGAAAUUUUUUAUUUUUUUUUAUCCAUUACCAGGUUAACACCAAAGAUUGGAUUUCCUUGGAGUGAAAUAAGAAAUAUCUCUUUUAAUGACAAAAAAUUUAUCAUCAAACCCAUAGACAAAAAGGCACCGGUAAGUCAUGUUGCUAUUUUAAUUCAAGAAAUCAAGUGGAAUAUGAUAAUGAUUAAGUCUUUUUUGUCUAAGAGAAUAUUUUAUGCAGCCAUUAAACUUAUUGUUAAUUUCGUAAUUUUAGGAUUUUGUUUUCUAUGCAUCACGGUUGAGGAUAAACAAGCGAAUUUUGGCCCUUUGCAUGGGAAACCACGAACUUUAUAUGAGGCGCAGGAAGCCAGACACCAUUGAAGUUCAACAGAUGAAAGCUCAAGCUCUGGAAGAAAGACAAGCAAAAUUGAAAGAAAGGUAAGCUUUGUUAUCAGUGACUAUGUUAAUGAAAUGUGUGUUGAAAGAUUCAUUACAGAGAAAUUGCCUACACCUUGUACUCAUUUACAAUAACCAAUUUGCCACUAUAUCUUUCACUGGAAAGUGAUGUUCAAAGCAACCUAAGCCAUUUAGCAGCCACCAGAGGAAAAGAGCUAAUCUGCAAACUAUUGUUGCUUUCCUUCCCAUUUCAGAUUCCCUCUAUUUGACUACUAAACAACCAGAUUCACUGAAGUACUUAGGGUGCGUUUUUUUGGGAGAAUUCCAAAACGAAUUUGUUAUCUCAGAUCAUGUGGAUUCUUCACUUAACCAAAAAAAAUUGAAUCCGAAAAAGGAUCAUUUACCAUGACAAUGGCAUUUCCUCAUGCUCCUCGUGGUUAAAAAAAGUAGAGGAAAAAACAACAAACUGAUCCUCGUGGCGAAGACAAGAAGGAGAAGCAACUUAAGCUAUGUAUGAAUAUACAAAAUGUAUAUAUUUCAGUUUGAACCCAAAUGUCUCUAGAAUUCACCAAAUUUUUGGGCAGUUCAGGUGUAAGUGGGCUGAUACUGUCCUUGAUUGGGUGACCUGUGAUGAGAGAUCACAGUGGUAGAUUGUAGACUGCAGUGUGUAUUAAGACCCUGCUUUUUUAUGCCAGUCUCAUUCUGACUGCAGCUUGAUGUAAAAUCCAACUUUGUCCAUCACUGACGUGAGCUUCUUCAGCUUGUUGUUCAAGGACUCUGUGGUGCUUCUCAGACAUUCAACUCCAAAGUUGCUUUGUUUUGCUCUUCACUUUGACAGUUAUUUUCUACUUAGUUGGUUUUCUUUUGUUUUUCAUACAUUGAUCAUGACUUCUCUUCAUAUAAUUUUUUAUUUAAAUCCAGAAUAUGCAGAAAUAGGUGGAAUUCUAAGUGCUGUUGAAGCUAUUUUGCCUUUGUGUUGUUGUUGUUGUUAGUUUUUUUAACUCUGUGUUGUAUGAUCAUUGUGAUUGCACAGCAUGACCAUGAAACUGCUGUGGACUUGAAAAAUUGCCAUCUAGGCUAUGAUAAAAUUCUUAUCCCAUAGUUAACGUUGCAUUCUUUUUCUAUUUUAGGCAAAAACUGGAGCAAGAAAAGGUGGCCCGCGAGAAAGCUGAAGCAGAAAGAAAGAGAUUAGAGGAAGAAAUAGCUCAACUUAAGGCUUCACAGGAGAAACAAGCAAGAGGUUGUCAUAACCUGUGCAGUUUAUUGUUGAGUUUCAUGAUUAUGAUCUAUGCAUCAUACAGCAAUUUACAACUUUAAAUAUCUCUACUCCCAACUGCUUUUUUUAAAGGAUAAAUUUUGCCAGAAACAAGGUCAGGAACUUCAGGGUUAAUGGGCUGUCUGUAUUAAGUGUGUCGUGUUACGCAAGUCAAAAUGAACCUUUCAUUAAGUGAAACAAAAUAAGAUAAUGUUAUUGUCAAAGUAUAUGAAGUUUUCUACACAAAUGUAAGUGAAAAAAGACCAAACUUUGGUCCAUUGUCACCAUUUCAAGAAGGAAUGGGCAAAAUUAGUCAUCGGAGCAACAAAGUAUUUAAUUCUUAUAGGUUUGUAAUGCGGAAAAAAUUAUCAAUGUACAUUAUGAUGCAGUUAGAUUUAGCAACACUCUACAUGAGCAAUUUUUUUUUCUUGUGCAGCUGGUUAAUUGUGAAAUUUCUUUCAUUUGGAUAGCAGUAUUGUGAAAACAAGUAGACGAUUCAACUGUUUACCUCAGUUGCAUAAUGUAUUUGCAUAAAUAUUUCUGUUAUUUUUGCUGCUUUUGUUUAACUUUUUUCAAUCAAUACUAUUUCAAAAAGAAAAAUGCAUUAUUUAGCAAUACUAUUGAGAUGAUAUACUCUGGGGAUGUUUUUGAAGCUGUUCAAAGCACUAACCCGUGAUAAAUCACUGCUGUUUGUGUUUUAAACAUCACUUAGAGCUGAGAUGACAAGGAAGUGUCUAUUAGUGAAUUGAAAAACAAAACGUAAAAAAUGUGUCUGUUGUCAGACUUAAUAUGUGUCUGUAUAAAGGGGCUGAAUUUAGAGAAAAUAUUAGGGCUAUCCCCAAGGACAAAGAAAACUGUCUGUUAUAAGUUGCCUUUAUUCCCAUAAAACACUGGGUUGACUUUAAUCAGUAGUUGUAUUAUAAUUGUUUAUUUAAAUUCUGUGAUUUUAUCCAUAGAAAAGAGAGAGGCUGAGGAGAAAGCUGCAGAGUUGGCCAGGAAAAAAGAAGAACUAGAACAAGAAACCAGAAGGAAAGAAGAAGAGACCAGAAUGCAUUUAGCUGAAAUAGAGGAAAUCAGGAAGAAAAAAGCUGAGGAUGAGGAGGAAAAGGAGAAAUUGGUAUGCCUAGACUGCUAGCAACAAGUCAGGAGUGUUAUUUGUUUUUUGUCUUGUAGUCAACUUUUUGGCUUGAUUUGGUUUCUUACUUUUGUCUGCCAGGCAAGAGAGCUACAGGAAAAGGAAGAAAGAUUUACAAAGUUAGAGGAAGAGGAGAAAAGAGUAAAAGAGGAACAGGAACGAAUUCAGCAAGAGGUAACAAUCACAGAAAAAAAAAAUUGCUAACUAAAUUAUUGAUGUUUCCAAUCUAGUGCCUGCCUUGUUUCUCCUAAGUCUAGGGUUUUUAGAAUAGUGAAUAUCACUGAAAAUGGAAGGUCAAGUGUUAAUGUUUGACUGAGUCAUGCAUGCAGCUUGUUCACUUCAUUGAAGUUGGAUUGUUUCCUUCAAGAAAGUUUCAUACUUUGGCCAAACCACUCAAUAGAUUAAGGUGGUUUUGUCAGAGGGAACAUUCAGUUACCUAGGUAACCACUAUUGGAAAACAUUUUGGCAUCAGAAAUCUUUCAUAUCUGAAGGGAAAAGUAGACUAUGAGUAGUCCCCCAUUUUCCCUCAGGGAUAGUAGAGCGAGCAAAACGCGAGCAUGCGUGAAAAUCACCCCCAUGAGGAAAGGCGGCACGGGGCGGGGAGACAAAAAAUGAGGGACUACAGACAAAGCCCUAGCUUUUGAACUAAUGCGUUGCUCUCACAACGCAAAACUCUGAUUGGCUGUUCCAUGAAAAUACUGCAACAUCUGUCAAGAACGCGCCAGCCGCUAUCAACACUUGACAUAAUCACAAUUUACAGAACAAAUAACAGCACAGAACAAAUAACUAGAGUUGCUCUUGUAGAAGCAACUAAGCAGAAAGCUAAGCCAACCCGGCAACUGAUGAGGUUCGUAUGGAGAACCAAAACCAUGGUCUUGCCUGAUCACAAAGUGGGAAUAACAAAACAUUUGCAAGGCUGUUAAGCUAAUUCAUAAGUUAUCACCAAGGGAGGAACUACAUGCUCCAGUCCAAAGACUCGCAUUAUCUCCAGGAAAACAAGCGGCAGUUAAAAUUCAUGAGAAGUCAUGACUGAGUCGCAUCGCAAUUCUCCAUAGUUAAUGUAGUUUUAGUUUAAGCUAGAAUCCAUUCUUCGAGAUUUGGAUAUCGCUAUCCAUCCUGCUAAAAACGCUAACGAAUUGGGCCCAGCCUGACAAAACAUUGCAGGAAACCGUCACAUUCACGGCCAAAAAGAAAAUAGCUUAAAAUUAUUCAGAUCCAGGAGGCAAUCGCCGGACAAAUUAAACAACCCAAAACCUUUGUUUAGCCGCAUUGAAGAGCUUUACUUUUCAAAAGAGGUCAAAGAAAAUUCUCUUGCAUCAGAGGCCAAAUCAUGCCGACCAUAAACAAUUAACCGCAGAAAAUUAAUAUGUGUGUCACAACCUCUCAGUAUGAAGUAAGCGGCAAAAAUCACAUUUGCUCAGUCAAAACGUUUUCCUCCAGAGCAUAAUAUACCCGUCAGAGAAAAAAAAAUUCAUUGGAACGAGCAGCAUUUUGGCAUGAGUAAAAGUCAUGUGUUGCCUACACUAUCAAGUUCUUCACGCGAAACAGCCGUGAAGAAAAUUAGUAUCUGGGUUUUCUUUUGCUUGUAUUAAAUAUCCCCUGCAGUUUACCGAUGACAAGAGCAAUGACAGCUCAGUAAGGGAAGGAAUCCCAUUGGAUGCGCUUAAUGGAUUUGGAAAGGGAUACGAACUUCACACUCCAAAAUCAGUCGGCCGUGAAGGGUCAAAAGCCUGGGCUUUGUCUGUAGUCCCUCAUUUUUCUCUCUCCCCGCUGUGUGUCGCCUUUUCUUGCGUGGGAUGAUUUUCAUGUGCGCUUGCGUUUUGCUCGCUCUACUAUCCCUGAGGAAAAAUGGGGGACUACUCGUAGUCUAUGGGAAAAGGUCAAGGGUGUUUAUUUUGUUGGGCCAAAUUAUUACAGAUGAUUGAUUGGUAGCUAGGCAAUCAUCUAGAGAAUUUUAGAAGUGCAAACAUUAACAAGGAAAAGAACUGUUUCAAGUUUUGCUGAAUUUAUGAGAUUGACGAGAGGAUUUCAGGAAAAUCACAGUGGGAUGUGUUGUUUAUCCUUUUUUAAAAUGUUGUUUAUUAGCUUGAGGCACAAAUAGAAGAGAACAAGAAACUUCAGGAGCAAGCCACUGCAUUGCAAGAACAGGUUAUGGUGCAGGAGAAAGUUGAAAUGGAAGAACAGCAGACAUCCCUGGAAGCUGAGCUCACCAUUGAAAAUAUACAAGGGGACAGGUCAGAAGAGGAUCGACUGACAGAGGCGGAAAAGAAUGAACGCCAGAGAAAGAUGCUUCUGGUAUGAUACAUGAACUAUGCAAAUUCAGUGUCAUGUCAAGUGUCAUAUAUAGAGUUUUUCCUUGCCCCUUCUCAGGGUGUGAAAAGGGUCUUGUCUGGUCUUCCAGGGCAAUUAGAUUUUCUUGGUGGGCAAAUAGCUUUUAAAGCUUACUUGCCCAAAGGCCGAAGGUCCAGGCAAACAAAAUCAUUAGCUAAGUAAGAAAAGCAAUUGGUGGCCCCAGGCAAGCAAACUGGGAAAGCUGCUUGGUCAAACGACAAGCUGGAAUUCACUUUUUGUUUUCAAGCUCUGCUUCUACAGCAUUCCCAUCGAGAUUUGGUAUGGUUUUCAGUAUGGAAUUUUAGGGUAUUGUGUGGAUCGGUGAAACUGCCAAGACUUAUACACUCUACCUUUUGAAGUCUACAAGUUUUGGUUAAUUAACUCCUUGUUAUCUCGCUAAAAAUGAACCAAAUUCCCCCUCAUUUUUUAAAAACAAUUAUAUCUUCGCAGGUAUUUAGAGCAGCUUAAAAACCUAUACCUCUUUUGAAAGGGCAAAAGAUAAUCUUUCAGGAAAAAAAAUUCACGUUCUGAAACACAUAAUAUUUCACACAAAAAAUAGCAAGAUUGGGUGAAUACUAAUUUGCAUACCAGAAUUUGACACCUGGAGUAAAUAGCUGUAGUUUUCAAAUGUUAAUAUCUUUUCUUGUAGCAACUGCAAGAAGAUUUGCAGAAAGAAGAGAAGAACUAUUCUAGUUAUGAUAAGCUUCAUAUGCAAAACCAGAAGGAAGGACGAGACAAGUACAAAACCCUUAAACAGAUAAGACAAGGGAACACUAAACAGAGAGUUGACGAGUUUGAAGCUAUGUAAAAACAUUAUUAGGGAAUGCCAUGGCAAACAAAGGUGAGAGUCUUUAUCUUGUCACUUCCUAAGAUUAUUUAUGGCUGGAGUAAAGUAAUUAUACCAAUAGCAUUGUAAGGACUGUUGGCCAGAAUAGUUGGUACUAGACUUGGCUGACAUCUACAGUGUAAAAAUUGUACAGCCAUCUCCUUUUACCAAAAUUAAUUAAAGGUUUAGAAUCUAAAGAAACGUACGUGGUACAUCAGUUUAGACGUAAAAACUGACAAUUUGAGUGCCAACCCUUAGAGCAAUAGGCCAUACUUGGCUCUAAGGCUAGGUGAAGGGAAUAUGGCACUAGUAUUCAGGGUUGAAUAUUGUUCAUUUCCCCUUGGCCCCAGAUAUAAAUGUUGGGUAUUGAUUUUGUUAGUUUGAAACUGGCCAUGGCUGGCAGUUGUUACCACUCCCCUUUAUAGUGGCCUGUUCUCCUUCAGUUAUGAAUUUCUCUACUUUGGAGACAUUUUACAGAAUUAUCAGUUUUCAAAUCAGUUGUGGCUGCACAGAAGCUGUACAUGCUGAAAUUUGCAUGCAUUAGCAAACCCUACUCUUUAGCCAAUAGGUACAGUCGAACCGCCCCUUACAGACAACUUUCUAUGGCGUCCUCACUGUCCGGGGUAUGAACAAAAUGCUCUUAUGUGCAGAAAUGCAUGCAGUGGCGAAAAUUGCAAAUCUAGCAAAAAUUCACC